AUGCCGGGGAAGCUGAAGGUCAAAAUCGUGGCAGGGCGCCAUUUGCCGGUGAUGGACCGCGCCAGUGACCUGACCGACGCCUUUGUGGAGGUAAAAUUUGGAAAUACAACAUUUAAGACAGAUGUGUAUCCCAAAUCGCUUAAUCCUCAGUGGAAUUCCGAGUGGUUCAAAUUUGAAGUAGAUGAUGAAGAGCUACAAGAUGAGCCUCUCCAGAUCACAGUUCUUGAUCAUGAUACCUACAGUGCUAAUGAUGCCAUUGGCAAAGUGUACAUAGAUAUUGAUCCUUUGCUCUAUAGUGAAGCAGCUACAGUUAUUUCAGGAUGGUUUCCAAUUUAUGAUACCAUUCAUGGUAUACGUGGGGAGAUCAAUGUGGUGGUGAAAGUAGAUCUCUUCAAUGAUUUAAACAGAUUUAGGCAGUCAUCCUGUGGAGUCAAGUUUUUUUGCACUACAUCUAUUCCUAAGUGUUACAGAGCAGUAAUAAUUCAUGGAUUUGUGGAAGAACUUGUAGUUAAUGAAGACCCAGAAUACCAGUGGAUAGACCGAAUUCGUACACCAAGGGCGUCGAAUGAGGCUAGACAGAGACUUAUUUCACUCAUGUCAGGUGAAUUGCAAAGGAAGAUUGGCUUGAAGGUGCUUGAAAUGAGAGGAAAUGCUGUUGUUGGUUAUCUGCAGUGUUUUGAUUUGGAGGGAGAGUCUGGACUAGUAGUGCGCGCCAUAGGAACAGCCUGCACAUUGGAUAAAUUAAGUAACACAUCAGCAUUUUUACCUGCAUGUAACUCCCCAUCCAAAGAAAUGAAGGAGAUUCCCUUCAAUGAAGAUCCCAAUCCCAAUACUCAUUCAUCAGGACCCUCCACCCCUCUGAAAAACCAAACCUAUUCCUUUUCACCUUCCAAGUCCUACAGUCGACAGUCCUCUUCUUCUGACACAGAUUUGAGUUUGACACCCAAAACUGCACCUUCCCCACAGGGACCUAGGAUUUUCCUGUUUCCCAGCUCCCCUACACUCUCUUGUGAUUCCCCACAUCUUAAAAAGUCCUGUCUCCUCCUCUCGGGGUCUAGCCUUAACCCUCUACACUCUAGCCAUGUCAGCCCAGUUGUUCUGAGGAAAAGUGUUUCUUUCACUGAAGAGCUGCUUCUGGCUGCUUCUGGAAUGGGCAGUGGGAGUGCUGGAAAAGAAGGGGGGCCAUUUAAAACUCUUUUAAGACAACAGACUCAGUCAGCUCUGGAACAAAGGGAAUUUCCAUUUUUUACCUUGACGACCUUUCCACCAGGCUUUCUUGUCCACGUUGGUGGUGUUGUCAGUGCACGGUCUGUGAAGCUCCUGGAUCGUAUUCACAAUCCUGAUGAACCAGAGACACGAGAUGCAUGGUGGGCAGAAAUCAGACAAGAAAUAAAAUCCCAUGCCAAGGCAUUGGGUUGUCAUGCAGUAGUGGGCUACAGUGAAUCAACUAGCAUUUGUGAAGAGGUCUGUAUUUUGUCCGCGUCUGGCACAGCAGCUGUACUGAACCCUAGGUUUCUUCAGGAUGGCACCAUGGAAGGCUGUUUGGAACAAAGGAUUGAAGAAGCUUCACCACCAGGUUGUGGAUUUUGCCAUAUACCAUAUGAUGAAUUGAACAUGCCAUUCCCUGCUCACCUCACUUAUUGUUACAACUGCAGGAAGCAAAAAGUUCCUGAUGUCCUUUUCACCACAAUUGAUCUUCCUGUAGAGGCAAUAGUUAUUGGGAAGGGAUGUCUUAUUCAAGCCAGGUUAUGCCGUCUAAAGAAGAAAGCUCAAGCUGAAGCAAAUGCGACAUCUAUCAGUAAUCUCUUGCCAUUUAUGGAAUAUGAAGUGCACACCCAGCUGAUGAAUAAACUUAAGCUGAGAGGAAUGAAUGCUCUGUUUGGUCUGAGAAUUCAGAUCACUGUGGGUGAAAAUAUGCUAAUGGGGUUGGCAUCUGCAACAGGUGUGUAUCUAGCAGCUUUGCCAACACCUGGUGGUAUUCAGAUUGCUGGGAAGACUCCAAAUGAUGGCACCUAUGAGCAGCAUAUAUCUCACAUGCAAAAGAAAAUAAAUGAUACAAUAGCAAAAAACAAGGAACUUUAUGAGAUUAAUCCUCCAGAACUACCUGAAGAAAUCAUUGGGUCUCCCAUUCCAGAGCCAAGACAACGUUCCAGGUUAUUAAGAUCUCAAUCAGAAAGCUCUGAUGAAGUCACAGAGCUAGACCUUUCACAUGGGAAAAAGGAUGCUUUUGUCUUGGAGAUUGAUGAUACGGAUGCAAUGGAAGAUGUACAUUCUUUACUGACAGAUGUUCCACCACCUUCUGGUUUUUACAGUUGCAACACAGAAAUUAUGCCUGGUAUAAAUAACUGGACACCGGAAAUUCAAAUGUUCACAGCGGUAAGAGUAUCCAGAUUAAGCAACAUUAACCUAACAAAUCAAACACUUAAUAAGAACUUUAAUGAUCUCUGUGAGAAUCUGUUGAAGAGCUUGUAUUUUAAACUACGAUCUAUGGUUCCCUGCUGCCUUUGUCAUGUAAAUUUUACAGUUGCUCUACCAGAGGAUGAAUUAGUUCAGAUUGCAGUCACAGCUGUUGCAAUUACGUUUGACAAAAACCAAGCAUUACAAGCCAACAAAGCCCCUGCAGAAAAAUCACAGCAAAGAGCAUCUACAGAUAAUGAAGAACAGCUACAAUUUCCAUUGGAACUUUGCUCUGAUCCCCUUGCUUCUCAACCAUUCUCACCAGCUAAAGAAGUCCUGGAGGGUGCAAGUUCCUACACAGGUAUUCCUGCUGCUCAGAGAGCAACGUCAAUUGAUUACAGUUCCUUUGCAGACAGAUGCAACAGCUGGAUAGAGCUCAUUAAACUGAAAGCUCAGACCAUAAGGCGCGGAUCAAUUAAGACAACUGCUUCACUUGAUAAAGCAAGUCCAUUGGCUGAGGGAUACUUACGGCACCGUUCUGUUCCAUCAUGCACCAAUUCUACCGUCUCAGUUGUUAAGAUGACACCUCUUUCUUUUCUACCUGGGGCAAAAAUAACCAAAUAUCUUGGGAUAAUCAACAUGUUUUUUAUACGAGAAACCACUUCUUUGCGUGAGGAGGGUGGUGUCAGUGGUUUUCUCCAUGCUUUUAUUGCUGAAGUGUUUGCAAUGGUGAGAGCUCACGUUGCAGCUUUAGGGGGGAAUGCAGUUGUCUCAUACAUAAUGAAGCAGUGUGUUUUCAUGGAGAAUCCAAACAAAAAUCAGGCUCAGUGUUUAAUAAAUGUCAGUGGCGAUGCAGUCAUCUUUGUACGUGAAUCUGAGUUAGAAAUAUUACCAGUACAACCUUCUACAGUUGUUUCUCAGCCCACGAGUUCUGGAGGAGAUGUCACAACAUGAAGACAGAAAAAGUGAAGUAGUCUCUGCCAAAUAUAAAGAUUAUUUAAAAUGUGGGAAUGUUUAGGUUUGCAUCUUCGAAAUCAGUAUCUCCCCAUAACAUCAGUAGCCAAAAUCCAAGACAAUCACUAUACUUUGUCCUUUAUGUAACAGUGACGGCAGCGUAUUGGCAGGUAUGCUCUGAUUCUUUUGUUACAAUUACAGGCCCCUGUGAAACCUAGACAGUAGGUGAAGCACUGAUAUGAGAGUAUGGAUUAAAAGAGUAGGCAUCAUAUGGAACUGUGAAAGUAAACAAAAAUUCUGUUGCAUUUUUCAGCUGUUCAACAGGACCUGAUAAGUUGUAAUUCGGAACCAUUUCUGAGUUUGCAUAUUGUAUUAGCUGAUUCUCAGCUCAGUUUAAAAAAUAAACAGAGGGGUCAGGGUGGAUGAGAGAUAACUGAGAAGCCUGUGUUAGCAACCUUUGCCAAAGGAGCAAGAGGUUUUUGUGUGCAGGCUAAGAAAAUGUGGGCUGAAGUCUGAACUUAUCUUAGAUCAUAGAGUGUGAAGAGGAAGCAGUAGCACCAAAAAGUCACAGUUUGAAUUUCUGCACACUAAAAAUAUUUUUCAACUGUUUGUGAACUGCCAAUUUGUUUUUUUAAAAUUAUUACUAUACAGCAUAUGUUUUGGGUGGGUGUUUCAGGGUUUGUUUGUUGUUUGUUUUUAAAAAGGUGCCAGACCAUGAUGCUGUGUUCCUAGUCAUCCCUAUGGUUAAAAAAACAAAAAAAAAAAGAACAAAAAGUUCUGAAGUGUGUUUGGUGCUAUUAGAAGAUGUUCACUUCAAUGUUCACAACACAGAUCUUUUUUCAUAUAAGAUUCUGUGAAAGAAUUGUCCUGAGGCUCAUUUUCUUCAGGUAUGAUCUCUUGCAAGGGUGACAUAAACAGUCCUCCAAAAGUCAGUUAUCCAGAGGUAUACUCCAGCCUCCUUUCUGUUUAACAAUUUGGAAAUGCCUGGCUAAUUGGAGAUUGAUGUGUGUUUGUGAUACUGAUUUCUGCAAGUUGUUUUUGGUUUUGGUUUUGGUUUUUUCCCAGUACAGUAGCUGGGAAAUGAGGGUACUGCAAAGAAAGGGAAUGUGUCAUUUCCAGUAAAUGUCUGAAAGGCGGUGAUAUUUUAAUGUAAAAAAUGCAAACUUUUGAUUUGAAGAUGCAUUCUUAAUUCAGACAAUACCAUACAUGGAACUUGAACAAAUGUGUAAACUUGAAUGUAAAUAGUCUGCUUAGUGUUGAAAUUAAGCAAUGGCAUGAUUAUUUGUUAAAAUUAAUUAUUUCAUUGUAAAUGAGCAUGAAAAUCAUUCUUGCACAAUAAAUUUCUUUAUAAAAUU